AUUGUAAUCAUCGACGUAUGUUCUUUGAAAAUAAAGUAUCUAUUCUAUUCUAUUCUGACUUCUAACAGGUAGCCCAGGUAAAACGAAGGAAACUGCAUUUCAGCAUAAUUCGUCCACAAGUACUCACUUUUUCAGGCAUAAUAACGUAGACUGAAAGUGCAACAACGACACGAUGCGACCAGCGAUGCGACUCAUCAUUUCAGUUUUUUCGGUCUGGGUUUUACUUUUGGUUUUGGUUUUGGGGUACUACUUGCAGUGGGAACGUGGCAUGCGCAAAGUCUGGUGGUCAGCAAAAGACGAAGUAACAGCCAUAGAAGGAGAGUCARCGACAUUGGCUUGGUCUAUUAACUUAACAGACUCUGACGUUAACGAACAUUGGACUUUUGUCAAAAUUUUCCACGCAGAAGAACCAAAUACGGUGGAACUAGUGACAUUCAAGAGAAGAGGGGGAACACUCAUCGAAAAUCCAAGCUAUAACAGUCGUAUAUCAGACAUGACCUUUAGCAUCUUCCAGCGUUUCCCUAUUGUGACCAUACGAUUCACAAUGGCGAACUUAGUCAGAGCUACGGAUAUGAAAAGUUACAAAGCUAUGGUUGGAUUUAAUUCUGUUGCUUCUACUUAUCCUGGUGUUAUUCUUCUGACUAUACUAGUCAAACCUCAUUCUACCGAAUUAAAGAUUAAGCCAGAAAAGAACGCUUACUGUCUUGGAGAUAAGGUUAUUGUCACAUGCAAAGCUGAUGGUAUCCCACCACCACAUAUCUCUUUGUUCCUUAACGGCAAAUCAAUUAAAAGUGAAAUUACAAGUGUUGCAGUGACUCUAUCACUCAAUGUCAAGGGAGAGAACAAAUUGGACUGUGUACCCAUUAAUACUGCAGGAAUUGGUCAGACGAGAAACGUAAAGCUUGUUGUAAAAGGCAAAGAGUGGGGUGGCAAGACCGUAGUCAUUGCUUUUGGCAUCAUUGUUACAUUAGUGUUGGUUGUUAUAUACUGCAAACCAAGAGGCAAAGAGUGGGGUGGCAAGACCGUAGUCAUUGGUUUUGGCAUCAUUUGUAUGUUAGUGGUGGCUGUUUUGGUUGUUAUAUACUGCAGUCCAAGAGAAACGAAACAAAAAAUUAUGGAAGAAGUCAUGGAAGAAAAGAAUUCGCCACAGUGUGAAGAUAGAGACGUGAUCGUGAACCCAGCAGAAUACCAGUAUGAACUCUGAAAAGUCUGAGAAACAAAAGCAGAAAGCUGAGAGUUUAUCUUCAAACGUAUUCGUCCAAGUAUACCGAAGUCCUCCAAGCUUCAUUGUUAUGGAA